AUGACGCUGCCUCUUCGCCGUGCAGGGAUGUCGUCCCCCGGGAACCUCUCGGAAGAGCAGGUCCACUGCUCCAUCUGCCUGGAUGUCUUCACCAACCCCGUGUCCAUCCCGUGCGGACAUAACUUCUGCCAGGCUUGCAUUUUGGGCUACUGGAAGAGCAGCCCGCUCUACCAGUGUCCGAUGUGCAAGAAGUCCUUCUACAAGAGGCCCGACAUAAGCGUCAACACUGUUCUGAGGGAGAUUGCCGAGCAGUUUAAGGAGAUGCGAAGGAAGACUGGGGUGGAAAAGACCGCCAAAGGGAGGAAAUGGAAUGUGGAAAGACGCAGGGAAGAAGAUGAGGUGAGGCUUUUGAAUGAAGAACAUGAAGUGGACAUUGGAGGAAUGGAGGUCAAGGAGACACCUGCGGCAGAGAAACCCCCAUCUGCGCCUCUGGCACCUCCAUCCUGGCAGGAAGUCCUUUGUGACAUCUGCCUUGGCCAAGGUCGCCCCAAAGCCGUCAAAUCCUGCCUGGUGUGUCUGACCUCUUACUGCGAGGAGCACCUGGUAUCACACGCCAGCAGGUUCACCAAACACGAGCUGAUGGAGCCUGUGGCCAACAUGGAGGACCGCAUGUGCCCCAAGCACCAGCGGCUUCUGGAGCUAUUCUGCAAGAAGGACCAGACGUGUGUGUGCGUCCUGUGCACGGAGACUGACCACCGGGCGCACUACACCGUCCCCGUUGAGCGCGAAUGGACCGAGAAAAGGGCACACCUGAAGAAGAUCCAAGUGGAUGUGCAGGAGAUGAUCCAGGACAGAGUGAGGAAGGUUGAGGAACUCAACCACUCCGUGGAGCUCAACAAAGCGAGCGCCAAGAGAGAGACUGAGGACAGCGAGCAGGUCUUCUCCGAGCUGAUUCGCAUCAUCCAAAAUACUCAGGCUGAAGUGGUCGCGGCCAUCGAGGAGAAACUGAAGCGCACGGAGAACCGAGCCCAGGAUCUGGUCGCCCGACUGGAGCGGGAAAUCGUGGAGCUUAGGAGGCGCGAUAACGAUCUGGAGAACAUGGACAGAACUGACCACAUUCACUUCCUGAAGAACUUCCCGGCUAUGAGCACGCAGCCGUCCGUUCAAGACUGGACUGACACUAGCGUUCCCACUGAUAUCAGCAUCGGUUCGAUCAGGACGGCGGUGACCAGACUGGAAGCCACUUUCAAGCAAAUGGCGGACAAGCUGGCCGAUAAAGAGAUUGAGAAAGUCCUGAAGUACACAGAGGACGUGACUUUGGACCCGGACACGGCCAACCCGUGGUUGCAGCUCUCGCAGGACAGGCGGCAGGUGCGUCACCUGGGGGCGUGGCAGGACCUCCCGGAGCACCCCGACCGCUUCGACACGGUGGUCAUCGUUCUGGGCCGAGAGGGAUUCACCUCCGGCAGACAUUAUUGGGAGGUCCAGGUGGGCGAGAAGGACGACUGGUACUUGGGCGUGGCCAAGUCCUCUGUCAAGAGGAAGGGCCGCAUCUCGGUGAGCAGCGCCCACGGAUACUGGGCCCUCGCCAUGAAGAAGGGCCAAGGGUACCGCGUGUCCACCGCGCCGCCCCUCUCUCUGGCGUUGGCCUCCAAACCCAAGCGGGUGGGCGUGUACGUGGACUACGACGAGGGACAGAUAUCCUUCUACGACGUCAGGGCCCGCACGCACAUCUACACCUUUUGCGAAAGGUUGACCGGGAAGAUUCUACCCUUUUUCUACUUGUACUGCUGCGACAAGGCCUCCGACACGGUCGUCAUCUGUCCCGUGGCGGAAAAACCUCUGAUUCCUCAAAGCUAA